UGGAAGAAGCACCGCAGCGUGACAGGAUGGACAUCUGCGCUCCGCUGUGCGCACCGGCAGCUCCACUGUGCGUCUCCACCGCGGAAACUUUGCGCAUCUUUUGACACAAACUUCCACAGCCGGAGGAGGAAAGAGCCUGGAUGCAGUGACAAACCUCCCGCGUGUGUUUCUAUGAGGCGGUGAACUUUUGCAGCUGGAGGAGAUGCGUUUGAUUUCCACGUGGACUCACCAUCUCUGAUUUUUUUUUUCUUCUCUCCCACAAACCGCGAAGCUGUCAGAGGACUGUGUGAUCGGAGAAAAAAAAAAAAGACUGAACACAAUGAGAACCCAAUUUCCAAGCGUUGCUGUUCCCCCCUGAUCAUGUGCAACACGCCGCCGGACGCACGGAGCAACAGAGCAACAGAAAAUCUCUCCUGAAACAUGUUUAUCUUGUGGGUCCCGCUGAGUUUGUUCCUCAGCUUCAUCAUUUCUCAGACGUGGAGCGUUCAGAUGUCGUGGGAAAACUGGAACGCGGAGCUGCGCAACCGAGGCAACGAGUUCGACAAGCCGAGCUCUCAGCCGCACAUCAUUUUCAUCCUGGUGGACGAUCAGGGAUUCCGGGAUGUCGGGUAUCACGGCUCCGAGAUCAAAACCCCGACUCUGGACCGGCUGGCAGCGCAGGGAGUCAAACUGGAGAAUUACUACGUUCAGCCGCUGUGCAGCCCGUCCAGGAGCCAGCUCAUGACCGGCAGGUAUCAGAUCCAUACAGGCCUUCAGCAUUCCAUCAUCCGAGCUACCCAGCCCAACUGCCUACCCCUGGAAAACGUCACCCUGCCACAGAAGCUCAAGCAAGCAGGUUACGCCACCCACAUGGUGGGCAAGUGGCACCUGGGCUUCUACAAACGAGGCUGCCUACCUACCCAGCGUGGCUUCGACUCCUUCUUCGGCUCUCUGCUUGGAAGCGGGGAUUACUACAGUCACUACAAAUGUGAAGGGCCCGGUAUCUGUGGUUAUGAUCUGUACGAAGGGGAGGAGGCAGCGUGGGAACAGGAUCGUGGGUUGUACUCCACUGUGAUGUUUACGCGCAAGGCUAUCGGUAUCUUGGCCAAUCACAACCCUCGCAGACAACCCCUGUUCCUCUACUUAGCUUACCAGGCGGUUCAUUCCCCGCUUCAAGUUCCUGCCCGCUACCUCGAGCGCUACAAGGGCAUUCCAAACCUGCACCGCCGUAAAUAUGCUGCCAUGGUUUCCUGUCUGGAUGAAGCCAUCCACAACCUCACGUUAGCGCUAAAACGCUACGGUUAUUAUGACAACACGGUUAUAGUGUACUCCUCAGACAAUGGAGGCCAGCCGUUAGCUGGUGGAAGCAACUGGCCUUUGAGAGGGAGUAAGGCCACCUACUGGGAGGGUGGUAUCAGGGCGGUGGGCUUUGUUCACAGUCCCCUGUUGGUGAGAAAAGGGACAAAAUGUCGGUCUUUGGUCCACAUUACUGACUGGUUUCCUACACUGGUGACCCUGGGUGAGGGAACUUUAGACGAAGACCUAAAUCUUGACGGGUACGAUGUCUGGGAGGCUAUCAGUGAAGGCCGUCCCUCGCCUCGCCAGGACAUUCUCCACAACAUUGACCCAAUUUACAUUAAAGCUAAGAAUGGUUCAUGGAAGGCCGGGUAUGGUUUGUGGAACACAGCCAUCCAGGCUGCUCUUCGAGUGGGCCACUGGAAGCUCCUAACAGGUGUUCCUGGCUACAGUGACUGGGUGCCCCCGCAGACCUUCUCCCACCAGCGGUUAACCAAUCGCUAUCAUAACGAACGUGUCCGUUGGGACAGGGGUAAAUCCGUCUGGCUGUUCAACAUCACUGCUGAUCCUUAUGAGAGAGUGGAUUUGUCUCAGCGCUACCCACACAUAGUGAAGAAGAUGCUGAUGCGCCUCGCACAGUACAACAAGACUGCUGUGCCGGUACGCUACCCGGCUAAAGACCUCCGAUCUAACCCUCAGUACAACGGGGGCGUGUGGGGACCCUGGUACAAAGACGAGAGGGAGGAACAGGAGGAAGACGAGCGGUACAAUCACUUGUUCACCAACCAUCUCGGUAAAAGAAGGUGGAAAAAGAAAUCAAAGAGCAGGAAGCUGAAAAGGAAGGUAGAAGAGUAGCCUACCGCAUUUGUGAAAGACUUCCGUUGCCUUUUCUCAGGGAUUGACACUUCCUGCUUCAGGAUUGUCUUUUCAGAUGUUCUAACUCCAGGUAUUUUUUUAACCCAACUCCAGGAUAUACUGUAUGAAAAAAAACAAUGCAGAUGGACCUUUCAGAAUGCCUCAACAGAAUAAGGAAAAGAUCACUUGUUCAAACACUACUGCCAUGCCCAGACACAACUAAGACCUCAUGUUAAUGUUAGGGGCAUUUAAAGAAUGUUUAUUUUUCUAGAUUCUGUUGCAUGCUUGAACUGUUGUCACCUUUGAAUUGUUCUCGUAGAUUCACUUAGAGUAGUAAAUACAUCUUCCUAGACAGUUGCCAUAAAUGUUUGGUGACAGAGAAGUAAGACAUAGUUCUAUUAUGUUGUUGAUUGGAGCACGACAGCAACGUGGAAACAGAUGUAGGAUUUAUGUGACGUGUGAGUUGAUGUACGUUUUUUUUUUUAUAAGCACAGUCUGUCUGAACUUUAGAAUAAUAGAUUUUCGUUCCCUCUUUUAGAUAAUGUCUGGUCCGGCACCAGGCCAACCUGAAUGUAAGACAACUAACAGAAUAAAAGCCCCAGACACAAAG